AUGACGCGCCACAACCUCAACGAGCACCUGAACUGGCUGUUGCAGGCGAAGCCCUCUAUACCCUCCACGUCGACAUCAUUGCCACAAGUCUCGGCCUUGUUCCCGAGCAUAACAGCCACUCCGAACGAAGGCAUCGCGACCGACAGUGACAGUACACAAGAGCUCACGAGUCGAUCACGAGAGUCAAGCCGAAGACCUGAAGAUAUCGCGCGGGAACGAGGCAGCAACAACGAGGCCAUGGUGCGGGCGAGGACUGCGCCUGGGUCCGCCAGCAUUCCACAGACGUGGAUUGGCAAUGCAGUCCCCGAGCCUCAGCCUUCGCCAUCACGAAAUGCUCGGUCCGCUUCUGCACAAUCCAGAGCACCGUCAGCAUCUGCCUCCAGGGCUCCUUCGGUUGCAAGAGCGCCUACGGGAUCUCGGCCACCAUCUGUCCACGGAAUGACGACGUCAAGACAUGUACCAUCAACAUCCCGACCAAUUCCAAUGCCUCCAGCGGAUGUAGAAAUGCUGGAUCUCACCGACGGUGUAGCUGUGUUGUGCAGUCCAGCGCCAAAGCUGCAAAUGGCCACCACCACUGGCAGGAAGAGGACCAGCGAUGAGUUUGAGUGCGAUAUGGAGGCUUUGCGCGAGUCCGAGGUGAUCAAGCGUCCAGCAGCGCGACGGAAGGCGGAGCCAAGGAUUAGCGAGGAGUUCAAAUCGUUGGAUGAUUUUAUGGAUGACUCGCAAAGUCCCGUGAAACAAGUUGGACCAUCAGACGAUGCACCUCCGCCCUACUCAACGAUACCACCGCCAAAGGCAAAGACGGUGGCCAAGCUCGCGCGCGCGAAUACCACAGUCGUUCGUUCUCCGUCAAAGCCCAGGUUUGAUCAGAGCCGUGUGAUGUCCGAUUCGGAAGACGACGAUGACAUUGUUGACUUUUCAAGCCGGAAACCGCGAAAUACACCGAAGCCCUUUGCGGCAUCGUCAGAGCGAAGUCGCGCUCUAACAAAGCUGGAGCCUAUCAAGUCAGAGAUCUUGGACGAUGACUCUUUAAUGCAAGUGGACGACUUUGAAGCCGUGGAACCCCAGGCCAUAGUAUAUCCUGAUCUCAAGCGACGAGUGACUCCACCUGUUCAGCGUGUAUUGUUUGACGCUCCUCCGCCUACAGGUGGAACACAAGCAGUGUCAUCGGAAGAUGAGGCUGCGUUUGCUCUGCUGCACAAAGUCUUCUUACUGUCCGAUAGUGUUUUUGAAGGCAUUCUCAGCAGCCUCCAAAAUCGCCAAGAUGCUCUCGCGGAAGCGAUUACAGACCUAUACGACAAGGGUUUCGACAACGCGGACGAUUUGGAACGGGAACAAGAAAUCCUCGAUGAGCGGCACGCCGCCAUUGUUACAUUACGGGAUCGGCGGCCGCAAUACCGCGAUCUCACUGUGGAAAAGGAAUCACGUAGGGAAGCUCUUUUGCUUGCGGUCAAGUCGCGCCAAAAAGAAGCCAAGGCCGCCGCCCAGGCCAAGAACCGAGCUGCUGGAGAUCGACUGCGAGCCUUCCAAGAAACCUGCCUGGCAGCUCUUAGGCAAUCUGAAGGCGAUUUUCUCUCUGUUACCGACCAGGAAGUAGAGAGUUCGGGGCCUUUCAUGGGUCAGAAGGUAGCUGUUCGAUCGACCCAGGCGCCGACAAAGAUGGCCCUCGAUCAAGGACCAUACGUUCCAAGCUCCAGUCGUAUUGCUCAGACGCAGAUGCCUCAGAUUCAGCACGUUCAAACAUCCAGGCCGCCGCCUUUCCGGGAUACGAGCAAUAUGCGAUCCCCGCUAGACUUGUCUCGGACUGCACCGUCUCAUACAACUGCCUAUAAUCAGUCUGUGUCCCACGAUAGUCAAAUGUUCGAUGACGAUACAUUUGAGAACAUAGAUGAUCAUGGCACGUUCGUUGCUGCUGAGAACAUGUACAGCAACCGCAUGGGCUCGCCACCUGCACGCUUCGAGGACGAUGACGAUUUCGGCUUUGGCGACGACGAAGAUAUGCUAGAGGUGGUAGAGCAUUUCGAAAGUCGAGGUUCAUCAACAAGAACGCCGGACAAGCCACCUGGUCGAUCGGCUCUAGCAGAAACUUCUCAUAAUGCCCAGGCGCGACAUCAUGAUUCCGGCAAGUCCAAGAAAACGGGAUCGAAAGCACUCAGUGCUGCUCAAGAAAACGAGCUCGAGCGUAAAAACUUCUCGCAUCCAUGGUCCAACGAAGUGAAGACAACCUUGAAGACCCGGUUCAAGCUCCGCGGCUUUCGCGAGAAUCAAGUGGAAGCCAUCAAUGCCACCCUGGCCGGCAAAGACACCUUUGUGCUGAUGCCUACAGGUGGUGGCAAGUCCCUUUGCUAUCAACUCCCCGCUCUGAUCUCAUCCGGCAAGACGAGAGGCGUGACGAUCGUCAUAUCGCCCCUUGUCAGUUUGAUGGAGGACCAAGUGCAGCACCUUCGUAACCUCCAAAUCCAGGCGUUUCUGAUCAACAGUGAGACAACACAAGAAGAACGUCGUGAGAUUAUGAAUGCACUGGAUAGUCGGGAUGUCGAAAAGUUCAUCCAGCUGAUGUAUGUGACCCCGGAGAUGCUGAGCAAGAGCCAAGCCAUGAUGAACGUUUUCGACCGUCUACAUCGCAGGAAUCGCCUGGCCCGGUUCGUCAUCGACGAGGCCCACUGUGUCAGUCAGUGGGGACAUGACUUCCGACCAGACUACAAACUACUCGGCGACGUUCGCCAAAAGUUUCCGGGCGUGCCUGUUAUGGCACUGACAGCGACGGCGACUGAGAAUGUGAAGUUUGACACCAUGCACAAUCUCGGGAUUGAUGGGUGUGAGGUCCUCACGAGCAGUUUCAACCGGAAGAAUCUCUACUAUGAAGUCCGCAAGAAGAACAAGGGCAAAGCUGAUAUCGAGGAUAUCGCAGAGCUCAUCAAAGAGAAGCAUCACAGGAAGACUGGCAUUAUUUACUGCCUGUCCCGCGCGGAUUGCGAAAAUAUGGCUGCUGCACUCCAAAAGCAAGGCAUCAAAGCUCAUCACUAUCACGCUGGGAUCGAGAACGCGGAAAAGUCCAGGAUUCAGAAACAAUGGCAGGCAGGUGCUUAUCACGUCAUUGUCGCGACAAUCGCGUUUGGGAUGGGAAUAGACAAGGGGAACGUACGUUUCGUGAUUCACCACAGCAUGCCGAAAUCCCUGGAAGGUUAUUACCAGGAAACAGGCAGGGCAGGCCGCGAUGGUCUGGCCUCGAGAUGCUAUCUCUACUACGGGUAUGGAGAUGCGACCAAGCUCCGAAGGAUGAUCGACGAUCCGAAAAAAGAUUCAAGUUGGGAACAGCGGCAGCGGCUGCACCACAUGCUACGCUUGAUGAUCCAAUACUGCGAAAACCGAAGUGAUUGCCGUCGCGUCCAAGUGUUGGGGUACUUUAGUGAACGCUUCAACCAAGCAGACUGCGACGCUCAAUGCGACAACUGCAAUUCCACGUCAACUUUCGAGGACAUUGACUUCACGAGCUAUGCGCGCCAGGCCGUUGAUCUUGUUCGAAAAGUCAGAGGUGACAAAGUGACGGUCCUGCACUGCGUUGAUGUCUUCCGCGGAGCCAGCAACAAGAAGAUACAACAUCUUCGUCACUCUGAGAUUGACGAAUUCGGCGCUGGAAAGGAUCUUGAUCGCAGCGACGUCGAACGACUGUUCUACCGCCUCCUGAGCGAAGACGUUUUGCGAGAAGACAGCGAGCUCAACAAGAAAAAGUUUCCGACGCAGCACGUCAAUCUCGGUUCCAAAUGCACUGAUUUCCGGUCUGGGAGUAGGAAACAGCUCAUCAUGCAGAUCAGCACGACUCCAAAAAUGCCAAAGACGAAGGCUGUCGCAAGCAAGAGCAAAAAGGCUGCAGGCCCGAAGAGAAGGGAGCUUCCCAUGUCCACCAAUGUUUCGUCUCCACUUCAUGGAGCGUCUCGACGUAAGAAGUCGGCGCAAUCUGGCGAGAUGCACGCGAACGGGUACAAGAAGGACAAUUUCAUCGUUUCUGAUGCGGAAGAGGAAGAAUUCUACCAGGACGCAGAUACUGAAAGCGACGAUGGCUUCGCUCCCGUGAUCGAUGCUAGGAAGCCGCGUCAAAAGGCACCGGCUGCAAGAGGCCUCGGAACACGCAUCACGACAGACGAAGUUAUCAGCAGUCUCAGUGAAGUACACCAAAUCGUGCUGGAAGACUUCAUGUCUCUCGCAGAGAAGAAGUGUAAAGAGAUCCAAAAGAAGAAAGGACUGAUGAUGGUGCCGUUCACGAACACCAUGCUUCAGCACAUGGUCGUCCAUUGGAUCGAGGACGAGGAGCAGAUGGCUGAGAUUCCUCGCAUCAACAAGGAUAUGGUUGGCAUUUAUGGCAAGCACUUCAUCAGGCUGGUUAAGGAACAGCGUCAACGAUACAACGAGAUGAUGGGUCAUACCGAACAGCAGCCAGAUCAGCACGCGCGCAACGUCAUCGACCUAGUCAGCGACGACGGUGAGGAUUAUGGCAGUAUACCGUCGGAUCUGGAGGAUGAUGACGAGGACGAGGAUGAGGAGGGCGAGCAAAGCACUUACUUUCGACCAGACUCCAAGGUUGUUGAAUUCAAUAAUCGAUUCGCAGCCUCUCAAUCGGCAGCCAUGGCCAUGCCACCGCCUCAGGCACCAGUGACCAAGAAGAAAGCCGCUGUUGCCAAGAAACCAAAGACCUACAGAGCGAGUCAUGCUGGAGGUGGCGGGAGUGGUGCUGGACGGGGACGUGGAAGAAAGGCUUCCGGUGGCUACGGGAGCCGUGCGUCGUCAUCUUCGGGGGUUGAAAAGAGGUCCAACAAGAACGGAGGCACGAGUGCCGGUUCCUCGCGUGGCAACUCGAGAAGUGGAGGUGCAGGAGGUGGAGGAGGAAGUGUUUUUAUGAUGCCGACAUGA